AUGGCAGAUGAGGAUACUGAGGUGAAGCGGAGGCUGGACUUGGAAACUGACCAUCAGUACCUGGCCGAGAGCAGUGGGCCAACCCGGGGAAGAGGCCGCCACCCAGGAAAAGGUGUGAAAUCCCCAGGGGAGAAGUCACGCUAUGAGACAUCACUGAAUCUAACCACCAAACGCUUCCUGGAGCUGCUGAGCCGCUCAGCUGAUGGGGUUGUCGACCUGAACUGGGCAGCUGAGGUGCUGAAGGUGCAGAAACGCCGCAUCUACGACAUUACCAAUGUCCUUGAGGGCAUCCAGCUCAUCACCAAGAAGUCCAAGAACCACAUCCAGUGGCUAGGCAACCAUGCAGCAGUGGGGAUCGGUGGGCAGCUUGAAGAAUUAACUCAGGACCUCCAGCAACUGCAGGAGAAGGAACGACAGCUGGACCACCUGAUCCACGUCUGCACCACACAGCUACGGCUGCUUUCAGAAGAUCCCGACAGCCAGCGUCUGGCCUAUGUGACCUGCCAGGACCUUCGUAGCAUUGCAGAUCCUUCAGAGCAGAUGGUUAUGGUGAUCAAGGCCCCUCCUGAGACUCAGCUCCAAGCCACGGACUCCACAGAGAACUUUCAGAUCUCCCUUAAGAGUGAGCAAGGCCCCAUCGACGUUUUCCUGUGCCCUGAGGAGAAUGUAGGUGGGAUCAGCCCCGGGAAGACUCCAUCAAGCCAGGGGACAGCUUCUGGGGAGGAGGACAGGCCAGCUGACCCUGCGACCACAGUGCCACCACCAUCAUCUCCCUCCUCAUCCCCUGCCCCGGAUCCCAGCCAGCCGCUACUUAGCCUAGAACAAGAGCCUCUGCUGUCACGGAUGGGAGGCCUGAGGGCCCCUGGGGAUGAGGACCGCCUGUCCCCGCUGGUGGCCGCCGACUCGCUCCUGGAGCACGUGCGGGAAGACUUCUCCAGCCUCCUCCCUGAGGAGUUCAUCAGCCUGUCCCCUCCCCACGAGGCUCUUGACUACCACUUCGGCCUUGAGGAGAGCGAGGGCAUCAGAGACCUCUUUGACUGUGACUUUGGGGACCUCACUCCCUUGGAUUUCUGACAGGGCUUAGGGGGACCAGGGCCUCCUGAGAUGUCCCUCUGUCUCUGCAGCCCUGGAGCCCCCGCCCCAGUUGUCUUCCCAGCCUGAUUGGAAAUGUUUAAUUUAUACCCCUCUCCCUUAUCUGCAGACACUUCUCGCUCUGGGGUCUGGCUACGGCCAGGAGGGGAGGGUUCUGUUGAUGGUGUGGGUGUGCAUGCGCCCCCACCAGCAGGUAUGCUGGGGCGGGGGCGUGUGAGCGUGUGUGUGCAUGUGCCGGGAAUGAAGGUGAACACAACUCGUGUGCACUGAACACGCCCCAGCGUGUCCACGUGUGUGUGCGUGAGCCCACGUGCGCGUGGUGGGGGCUCUGACUGCACUUUUGGUCUCCUUGCUCCAGGGGCCCCACGAGGCCCAGGCUGGCCACCUGACCCCAGAUUCCUGUUCGCUGACCAGGCUAGGGGCGAGGCCUAGGCCUGCUUGUUUGUAGGACAGCGAGAGCACUUCUGUCGUCUUAAAGGUUUUUCUGAUUGAAGCUUUAAUGGAACAUUAUUUAUUUAUCAAGGCCUCUUUGGCAAGCCUGGGGCACCAGCAACUGGUAGGAGGGCUGUGGGGUAGAUUUCCCAACUCCUUGUACCCCUGAGUGAGGGCAGUAGCCCACAAAGCUGUUUUCUUGCCCUACUCUGAAGGAACUGAUGCCUGAACGGUUUAUUUAUUGAGAAAGUGAGGGGAGGAAACAGACUAACAGCUAAGGGUGGGUGGAGUGGGUGGGUAGGCCCUCCCCAGGGACCCUAGCUGCCCCCUAGGAUGGACACGAGAUGAAAGAUGAGUGGGGGAGCUUUGCGGAUAGUGGGGCGGGAGGUUGUGGGUGGAGGGCCUGCCCGGCGGCCAGGCCACAGGAGCCCUCCUGUGGCACUGACGUACCACCCUCCGCCCACUUCUUGCUGUGCCCCACUUUCCAGUCUGCACUUUGACUUGUCUUCCUAAUAGCUCUGUUCUCCCUGCUUUGGUUUUAAUAAAUAUUUUGAUGGUG